CGUUCUAAUUCCGGAGCUACGGAAGACUUUGGGCAUUCCUUCCGAUCAAUAUCUUCUGAUAGCUUUUGAUGAAGUUGGUGUCCUAGACGAAAGUCUCGACGAAUUUCAUUUCAAGAGAACCCAUGACGGUAGAGUUCGACCAUACAACGACUUUAUCGGUAUCAUUAGUCAAUUGUGCAAAGAACCCGAUUUGUUUUUUAUAGUUGUUGGGAAAAGCAAGGGUUUAAGUAUUAAGAAUUAUGUGGCUUUCGGGCUAUCGAGAGUUAUACUACAUUUUAUUUCUUUAUCACCUUUGGACGCUUCCAGUAUCGUUGAAUUCCUUGAAAAGACUCUUCUUGAAACACCUACUCAAGUUCCAGUUUGUAAUGUCUUAUGUAGUUCUUCAUUUUCAGUAAAUGAAUUGGCAGAUUCGUUAUUGGAAUGUACAGGUGGAGUUCCUGGUUUGUUGACUCGUGCAGUGAAUAUGCUUUUGAAUUAUAUAAUAGCAAGAAAUCAGCCUUUCAUAUCGAAAGAAGAAUGUUUGACAUGUAUGAACGACGAUAAUUUCCGAAUAAUUUGCACUGAACCAUUUGUGGAACGAAUAUUGAAUUUGGACGAAGAUAGAAAAAGUGUUUUUGAUAUACUUUUGAUGAUGGCACUUUAUCGUAUACCGUUUCAAGUAGAUGACAUAUUGACCUCGGAGUCCUUUUUAUAUGAUGCCGUAACUGAGAUGGGACUAUAUCGAUAUCCUAUUGACCAGAAUACUUUUCAAGUCCUGAUUCCAAAAGUUAUUUGUUGGAUCUUCAAGAGGGACCCUUCCAUAUCUUCUUUGGAAAAGAUACUUCUUGGAUCACUUGAUGUCGAACCAGUAGAUUGUUUCUUUUAUUCAAAGUGUCGUGUAUUUGAAGGAAUUGUUGCUUUACGACUAGUUUUGAUGUUGCCUUCAAAGAAUCGAAAUGAGUUGAGGGAAUUGUUGUGUCAAUUGUCUCCAAUAUGGAAACAAAUGAAACUUCCAAUCAGUACAAUAUCACCUAUUCACUAUAUGAAGUCUGUUGUUAGUUCUAGAGAAACAAGAAGUGAAUCGAACAAGAGUCGAAGAACUUUUGCCAAUACUGAAUGGAAUAAGAUUAUUCGAGAGACACUUUAUUUAGAGACUAUUUACAUUCCUUUGGACGCUACUUCUCAUAGUCCUGAUAUUAUAUUCCAAUUACAAUCUCCUGUGGAACCCAAAGUUCUUACUGUUGGAGUUGCAUGUAAAGGACGUUGGAAGUCGGAAGGAAUUGGCUGGUCAGAUAUUAUAGAUGAAGCCAAGAAAUUUUUAGAUCCUGUAUAUGAUCAAGUCUUAUCCAGUGCAAUGGAUUAUCAUCAUUGUAUGCUUAUUAUCGUUAGUACAAAGUUGUCAUUGAAUGUUUCUAAUGAGUUGGGUGAUUCAUUCAAAGUACCUGAUAAUUGUGAACUUGUUAUUCUUUGUGAAAGAGAUGUCCAAAUGCUGAUUGACAAAGAAAUAUUGAAUGGACUUGAAAGAGCAUUUUGUGUUUCUCAUAAUCCUACUUUUUGGGAUUUUGGAUUAGAUUUACUUGAUAGAAUCCGUAACAGUUUCUUAAGUUGGCAAUAGAUUCUAACUCAGUCCUUCCCUUUGUUUUGAAGAGCAAGUAAAAUUUUUUGUAUGUUU